UAUCGCUUCAUUUCAUCGUGAGCUAUCGAGCCUUGCAGUCAUCUCAGUUCCUCGAGUAUAUACUUCAUGAUGAGUGGCAAGUUUCUAGUAGUCCUCGUCGUCACAGCUUUCAUCAUCGGAGGUAAAUCCAUGCCGGCAGAACUUGUGGCGCUAAUGUUGGAAUACCAGGAGCAAUGCAUAGCCGUGACCGGAUCGGAGGAAGGAUUUCAGCAAAUGUUGGGUACGUUUCAAAUGGCAAGGACCUGCUUACUAAGUCAUCUGGAUGAGCAGCAGUUGCAGAUAGAUGCCAUGCAACUUACCUACGAAUCAAGAAAGCCUUUUUUCGAUAAAUAUUGUCCUAAGUUUAACGAACAGAUCAGCUGUUUUGAUGAUACGUUAGAAGGAAUUGCCAAAUGCAUUACUGAUGAUGUCGAUAAGUUUAAGGCAAUAAUAAAAAGCAUAGCUUAUGAUUUGUUGGAUCUAGCGUGUCAGAACGAUGGACAAUUAUUUUUUGACGCUCGAAAACCUGGAUUUAAAGAUUGUAUGAUCCAGCUUAAAGAGCACGGUGCUCAAGAAUGUAAGCUUUCGAAUUCAACAACGGAGACGCUUAUUUCGAGAUAUGAUGAACAACAAUGUCGAGAAUUAUAUGACGCCAAAGAAUGUCUCAAAAGAAAGAUAGACGAAUGCGAUGCUCCAAAGGUCUUUGAUAUUAUUCAAGUCGUCUUUAAUGCGAUAUCUAAGGCGAACGAUUGCAAGCAGCACACUACUUUUCGUGAAAUCCUCAGCAAUAAUAUUGAUGGAACCGUGUCUGAAAACUAACCUGUAUUUGUUUUGGAGUAAUCUUUCCCGUUUUUGGCAACACAACCUCAUCAGUUAUUUUUUCUCCAAUUUUGUAUCAAUCAACUCUCCAUAUCUUUAUAUCGAAGGGACCAUGGAGACGUGGAGAGAUCGAGGUAUAGAACAAAAAAAGCCUACGAUACCAUUUGAAGGGACCGUGAUAACCAUCGACAUUAAGGAAAAAGUGGUCACAUAUCGAGAUAUAGAACAUUGAGAUGAGGAGAGUUGACUGUAAUUCUUUCUGGAUACAUUUUAAUACAAUACCAGCCUUCUCUGAUCCCAAAAGAACUCAAAUAGUAAUGUCAUAAAUUGAAAUUAGUUUUCGAUGAGAAAAUGUAGUAACCAAAAAACAUGUGUUGUCAAGAAAUAGAAGGCGCUGUAUAAGUUACAUCCAUCAAUGAUAAUCUCAACAAACUAAAUACAUAACAAUGACAGAUAAUGGUCAUGUGCAUGAUCAUGU